UCUUAAACGUUUUAGGCAUGUAAGUCACAGAGGACAAGCUGUCAGUCAAACAAUGAAGGAGUCCUCAUACACUAUAAACCGAAAACCAGGAGCUAUUUCUCUUGGAGAAAAAAAUGUUGCGGACUAGUGAUAAAAGAGGCAGUUGUGAAUAUAUAUAUAAAAAAUGCGGUAUUUAGCCUAAACCUUCCCUUUGAGUCGAUACUUUUAGGGUAAAUGUUUUAUCAUAAUAUAUUUAAAUGGUUAAAUCGAACUAGUGCGUUAGGGCCAUAUGGUAAGUGUUUCAACUCAAGUUUGGACCCAUCAAACUCCCUUUAUAUUACUUUGUUCAUUCUUUCUAAAACUGUGUAAUGACCAUGUCAAAAAAUAUCUGGCUCUGCAAUCUUAACCUCCGCGAAGCAAUAGUUUCCCCAGACAGGUAAAGAAUCUCACCGAGUUCCUGGUUUAUUUGAUAAAUAUUUUCCCGCGUUCUUUGAUGUUUUUACAGUUAAUUAUGCCUGAGGUCAACCAGGCAUAUAGGUCUUACUUCUUAACCUAGAUGUUUAGGCCUAUUGCACGGAUUAAAAUAUUUUUAUAUUUUUACACAAGUCUAUAGUUAGUUUUUUAAUACAGUUGGCCUAAGUUUUGCAGGUGAUUCAUGGAGAUAAACCAAUGCAGUCUAGUCCAAUGAAAGGUAGGGAUGGUCUAUAGCUGGCCUUUGAUAUUUUGUAGCCACACAUCUGACUAGCUAAUGGCCAAAGCAAAUACGAACGAUGUAAAUAUUGCUGUAUGACAAGGAUAUGUUUAAAUGUAGUACCUAAGCUCCGGUAGAUAAGGGAUAAGGGAUUUAUGUCGAGGGCCACUGAAGGACUGUUUCAUUUCAUGGACAAAGACUCCAUUCAUAGGCCCCCCUCGCGAUGGGAAGAAUGGUGGUGACACGUGAUUCCACAGUUGAGCGACUAUACGGAGGCGGCAUAGUCAACGUUUUAAAAUGCAAGCCAUAUCUCCUGGACUAUUUAUAGAGACGUGGCCAAGUAAGUUUAAGUUUGUGCCACAUUAGCUGCACAUUUGCCAUGUUCAAGAUGUAUUAUCCACCUGAGCAAACAUCUGUCUGACUUCUCCUCGUGUGUGAGAUAGCCUGCAUAACUUCCACCUGAAAACUCGUAGAAACAGAUUAAUUUGCCCAUGAGACCGCCAAUAUGGCCGGGGGCUGCUGCAAAUUAAUUUACAACAUUAAAUGUUUUUCCUGCCUUUCAACGAGACAAGAAAUACAAUGGGCACCACAUCGUCGGGAACAUCGUCACCACCAGAGGUCGCCACAAACCAAACAAUGAAUUGUAUUGGAACAUUUUAAAUAAGAGGGUCAGUAGGCCUAUUAUAUUUUGUAAUAAUAUCUAAUAGGCCUACUGAAAGAUUAGUAGACCUAUGCCUAGACGUGAGAGUUGACCCCCUGGUUUUAUUUGCAUCUGGCAUCCACUUCUGCAAAACUGUUUUAAGAGAAUAUCAUUUAUAAACCAACAUUUAAUAAUAAGAUAAACAUUUUGAGAUGGGCCGUCCCGUUAUAGGGCUAUCUAUUGCAGGCGCUCAUGUAGAAGAACGUUUAGGCCUUAUGUUAAAUUAAUCAUUGUUGUGGUUUAAAAGUUAUACACCCCUUUUUUGGUUUAACCAUCAAUCACUGGUGGACAGCCUCUUCUACAGACUAACCAAUCACAAGCAAAUUGCCUCCUAAAAUCUCGUAGGGUCUGCCGUUCUGCACAAUGAGUGGUAGGCUACGGACGGUAAAGAGGCCUUUCAAAUAACACAAGAGAGAGGGGGAGAGGGUGUGCCUUAUAGUCGAGUCCCACGACACCCACUAUUCAGUCAGCUUCUGCUCGAGUUUCUACUUGUUGCAAACGAAGUUGUAUUUCCCAAGUCAUGUAUUUAACCUUUCUUCGAGUCUAUUUUGUAGUUAUGUCUUUUGGUUGAGAUGUCGUCAAGAGAGAGUAGGCCUAUAUUUACUUUAAUACUGGGUCUUCAUUUGUGGCAUUUUGCCGCCGGUUCGUGCGAUUGGUCUGGAAGCGAUCUGACCCGAGAUAACGACUCCAGAACCGUGCUUCAAGUUCGGUUGCGCUGCACCGAGGGCUCCGUGGCUUGGGUUUACCCGGGCCAGGCCCUACGGGUGGUUCUGGAGCCCAACCUAUCCUACGCCAACCACACCACCGUCUGCAUCAAACCCUUUCGGGGUUUUCGCCAAGCAAGCGUGUACGUCGAGCGUGCCGGAGUGCUGGAGCUGCUGAUCACGGACGCAGGACGCCCGGAGCAGGUGUUCUGUUAUCGGGCAGAUGGAUCGCAGCAACCCGCCAUAUACAUCCAGGUCCAUCCGCAGAGGAACCUCAGGCGACGCACGGAAGGCUUCAGAUACGAGCUGAUCUGGAAUAAGAAUAUGUCUCCGAUCCUAAGCCAGAAUGCGAAGCAAAACUCAUGCCAGCCUUGCAAUGACACAGAGCUCUUAAUGGCCAUCUGCAACGGUGACUUUGUGAUUCGGGGCUUCAUCAAAAGUGUGUCCCAUGACCCGGAGCGGCAGACGUCAUCGGUGGAGGUGUCAGGGGGAAGAGUCUACAGGCAGCGUAGUGGCGUCUUUAUUCAGGAAGCGGUCGCCCCCACCGUCGUGGGGGGAUCCACAUCCCCUGGCGCCACCUGGUGUGGGCGGGUCCGCGUGCCACUGCAGUGCCAUGUGAAGACGGGUGCAGGAGAGUUCUUGUUCACGGGAUCGGAACACUUUGGGGAAGCCUGGUUGGGCUGUGCGCCGCGGUACAACGACUUCCUGUCCCUGUAUCGGGCGGCCUGGGAGGCACGGCGACAUUUCUGUGACUUCCCGUUGGACUGAGUUUGGUUGUUAAGGUGGUUGUCUGCAUCUGGGCGCUUUAGUUUCUGUUUAAGUCGAAACAAUCAACCAGUAUUUACUGGUUAAGGCGUUCAAAUGGAAAUACACUAGAUCUCAGACAGAGGAAUGGGUGGGGUGGACUUUUGUUUUUAUUAUUAAACAACUCCAUAAUGGUUCUUUCUUUGGAUUAAGGGUGGAGCGGGGGUAGGGGGGGGGGGGGGGAUUCUUGAGGUUGUUUCCAUGGUAACGGUCACCAUUAUAGUGUCAGGGUUGCCGUGGUGUUGUCCUCACUGGCAGAGAUUAAGCAGUCGGAGGCUCCACUGAGGACUCGUUACAGAGACAUGACACUUGGCCCAGCUGAACUUAAAUCUGUGUUUGUCCUGGAAAAACUAACUGCCAGUGUCUCUAAACUCAGAACUCUGAAAGGCUGGAUUUAAGCGUGCCAAUGAUUUAAACUUCAAUAUAAGUUUCUAAGUUGUUAUUUCUUAUUUUCACUGGGGCUUUUUUCAGCUGUGAUUCUAAUUCUGUAUAUUUAUGUCAGUUUGGAUUUAUAUUGUGGUAAUUGUAUGAUGUCUGAUGUCAGUGCUGCUACAGGGGAGGAAUAAUGUUUACAUUGUAGGAUUGUCAAAGUUUGUAAUACAAAGACAUUGCGUUGGUUUCUGUAGAGUGAUGAUGAUGAUUUUGUCCAGGGAUGAAAAAAAUGACAAGAGCCCUUGCCAUGGAUCGUCACAAUGAUAUAAACAUAGGCACAUUCAACCAAAAAGUCAUGGAUUGUUUUUUCUACUUUAAAAAUAAUAUUAUAUAUUCUGCGUCCUAAAGAUUGUGUCCUUAAGACACAUUUUGGUAUUGGUUCAAUUAAUUAUUUCUGCUGAUUAGCUAAACAGUAUACCAGCUCAUCAAUUUUAAAAUGGUUGAUUCAAGGAUUUAUAUGUUAUCAGUCCCAAUGCAGAAAUUCAUUAAAGACCAUUGAAAAUCUAA